GUCACGCGUUCAGGCAUAUACAUAGUUAGAUGGCAUGUUUUCGACUAAGACGAACGGACCACGCCGAGGACGCUCUUUUGACUCCAUUCACAAAUAUCACAUAGAAAAUCAACAAAACUGUGAGAUGAAUAAAUCCACAUUUAAUCAUACUAAUGAGAGCCAAGAUGAUUCCCUGUCCUCCAAAAGAGAGCAUGCAGCAAUUGUCUUUUCUCUGAAGAACGAAGUCGGUAACCUUGUAAAGGCAUUAAAACUUUUUCAGGAGCACCAUAUCAGCCUUUUACACAUUGAGUCCCGGAAAUCCAGGCGGCGUAACUCUGAGCUGGAGGUGUUGGUCAACUGUGACAGUGAGAGAGAGACACUGAACAAAAUCAUUCAGCUUCUGAGAAAACAAACUAGCAUCAUCACCAUGGACUUACCGGACCGACAGAGCACACCUGAAGAUGCUAUCUCAGAUGAGCCAUGGUUUCCCAAGAAGAUAUCAGAUCUUGACAAAUCUGCCAACCGUGUUCUGAUGUACGGUUCUGACCUGGAUGCCGAUCAUCCUGGAUUUAAAGACAGUGUCUACCGAAAGCGAAGGAAGUACUUUGCUGACCUUGCAAUGAACUACAAACAUGGAGACCCAAUCCCACAUGUGGAAUUCACAGAGGAGGAGGUGAGGACAUGGAGCGUGGUGUUCAGAGAGCUAAAUAAGCUCUACCCUACACACGCCUGUAGAGAGUACCUGCGUAACCUUCCUCUGCUCACACAGCAGUGUGGCUACAGAGAAGACAACAUCCCUCAGCUGGAGGAUGUAUCACGUUUUCUUAAAGAGCAAACAGGCUUCACAAUUCGCCCAGUAGCUGGAUAUUUGUCACCCCGUGAUUUCCUGGCAGGUCUGGCAUUUCGCGUGUUCCACUGUACUCAGUACAUUCGCCACAGUUCUCAUCCACUCUACACACCUGAGCCGGACACAUGUCAUGAAUUACUUGGUCAUGUGCCCUUGCUGGCUGAACCAAGUUUUGCCCAGUUCUCUCAGGAGUUAGGUCUGGCUUCUCUUGGGGCUUCUGAUGAUGCUGUACAAAAACUGGCAACCUGCUACUUCUUCACAGUGGAGUUUGGAUUAUGUAAGCAGGACGGCCAGCUUCGAGCCUACGGGGCUGGUCUUCUCUCAUCCAUCAGUGAACUUCAGCACGCACUCUCAGGUAGUGCCAAAAUCAUGCCUUUCGAUCCCAAAGUGACAUGCAGACAGGAGUGUCUCAUCACCACCUUUCAGGAGGUCUACUUUAUGUCUGAGAGCUUUGAGGAGGCUAAGGUUAGGAUGAGGGAAUUUGCUAAGACCAUCAGGCGUCCAUUCACUGUGCGCUACAACCCGUACACACAAAGUGUGUGUGUGCUGAGGGACAUGCCCAGUAUUAACAGCGUGGUCGAGGAGCUCCGACAUGAACUGGACAUAGUGGGAGACGCACUUCAAAGGCUCAACAAACGCAUGGGAGUCUAAGACCACAAUGCACUGCCUAUAUAAGAGGUUAAAAUCCUGUUCUGGAGAGCCACAGUAUGGCGGAGUUUAGUAAGUUCAGAAUGUUUGACAAACAGCUAAUGAGUGGAAUCUGAGAUCACUGGCUUAAAUCUUGUCAAUUAUC